AUGGCAUCCAUGUUCGCACGCCGCCCUCUCCUCACAACCGCAACAGCGACAUCCGUUUUCGCGGCGGCAUACUAUGUCUCUCAGCCACGGCGGCCUUUCAUGUUGGAUUCGGCGCAGAACCCGCCGAUGAAGACUCUCGCAUUCCCAAAGAACAUGCUGUUCUCGAAACAACUGAAGGUCACCAACGUCGAACAGAUCAACCAUGACACGAAGCGCAUAACCUUUGCUCUGCCGGGUGGAGACAAGGAGGUCAGCGGUGUUACUCCUGGAGCCGCCAUUCUCACCCAGCACACGCCCUCGGGAGCCUGGCUCCCCAUCUUCCGCCCCUACACCCCAGUCCACGACCUCGACCAACGCGGCGUCCUCGAGCUUAUGGUCAAGAAGUACCCGGAUGGUCGCGCAAGUGGGCACAUGCACUCUCUGAACCCCGGCGACGAGUUGACUGUUCGUGGCCCUCUGCCAGGCCAAUGGACCACACCUAAAGAUCAGCGGGACAUUCUAUGCAUUGCUGGUGGAGCAGGCAUAACUCCAAUCUACAGCCUCACGAAAGGCAUACUCGCGAAUCCGGAAGACAAGACGAGGAUAGAGCUGCUGUGGGGUGUGAAUGGGACAAGGGAUAUUGUGCUGAAGAAGGAGCUGGAGAGCCUCGAGCGGCAGCAUCCAGAUCGUUUGCGUGUGAUAUAUGCCGUCUCAGGGCCCGAAGCGAAGCCUGACGCUCCUAGCCUGGGAGACGAGAUGAAGUACCGGAAAGGCUACGUGGACAAGACUCUGCUGCAAGAAGCUAUCACGAGGUGUCAAAAGGACGGUGCGUGGGGUGACGCGAAGGGACAGAAGGUCUUCUUGUGUGGACCACCAAAGAUGGAGGAUGCUAUGGUUGGCAAGGAGGGGGCGUUGACAGAGCUUGGGGUGCAGAAAAAGGAGAUUCACAGGUUCUAA